AUGAUCCAUGAGUUCAACCUAGCUUUAUUAGCAAAACAACUAUGGAGGUUAGUCCAAUAUCCGGAUUCGCUGGUGGCUAGAGUAUUGAAGGGAAGAUACUACAGGAUUGGCUCGCCUUUGCGUUCUCUUUCUGUAAGUAGUCCUUCGUAUGUGUGGACCAGUAUCUCAGCAGCUAGAGAACUGUUGCUUUUGGGUAUCAGACAGAAGAUAAACUCAGGAUAUGAGGUUAAGGUCUGGGAGGAUCCCUGGAUCCCUACGACACCAGCCAGACAUGCUCGUCCCUUAGCACCAGUUCUUAACCCAAACAUGAGAGUCAGCGAUCUUAUAAAUCAGGAUACAAAGGAAUGUGAUGUUGGCUUACUGCCAAAUUAUGUGCACCCUGAAGACAUACCUCUCAUAAGGAGUAUGGCCAUAAGCUCGGCUCAUCGCCGCUACACAUUCUGUUGGAGCUACACGAAGAGUGGUAUCUACACUGUUAAAUAUGGAUAUUGGGUAGCUAGCAAUUUGAUGCAACCUGAGGAAGAGAAAGAGAUACUAGAACCCAGUAUAACAAAGCUCCAUGCCUUUGCUUGGAAGAUAAAAGCUCCACAAAAAAUCCGACAUCUCAUAUGGCAAUUGAUAACAGGACAUGUGGCAGUGACGAAAAACUUGACAAGGCGAAACAUGAGAUGCGACAAUUACUGCCCAAGAUGUGGAGAACCAGAAGAAUCUGUCACUCAUGCGAUCUUUGAUUUCCCACCGGCCUUACAAGUUUGGGCUUUAUCCUCGAUGCCAACGAAUACAACUAGCUUUCAAGUAUCAAGUGUCUAUGCUAAUAUGGACUAUCUCUUCUGGAGAAAGGACAACAUUGUUCAUCCAGAUUCAGAUAGGGAUCCUUAUCCCUGGAUAAUCUGGUAUAUUUGGAAAGCCAGGAAUGAUAAACUUUUUAGGGGAAUUGAUCGAGAUCCUUUGGAGCUAGUUCGAUACGCAGAGAGUGAGUGCCAAGCCUGGUUCAAUGCAAAUGAGAUGGUGCCAUCACCUCAACAAGAACAUAGUAGUUAUCAACCUCAAGUCUUAAGCUUGGGUAGAAUAUGUAUUAUUGAUGGCUCUUGGACAUCUACAUCACAGUUCAGCGGGUGUGGAUGGGCUUGGAUGGAUAGCUUGGGGGAGGUUCAACUUAUGGGUGCACGAAAUUACAUUCGACGGGAGUCUCCUCUGCAUUCAGAACUAGAAGCACUAAGAUGGGCGAUGGAGAGCAUGCUACAAUACUCGACAUGCCAAAGGUUUGGAACGGACUGCAAGGAUUUGAUUCCCAUGAUUAAGGAGCCACGAGCUUGGCCAUGUUUUGCGACAGAAUUGGAGAGGAUAGAAACUCUGUAG